GCUGGCCGGCCAGUCUAGAUACGGAUAGUGAGAGUGAGUGGUGUGCUGUGCGCUGUGUCAGUUAGUCAGUUCAGUUUUGUUGCCGGUUAUCAGCUGUCAUCCCGCGGCGGCAAAAUGCCCGAACAGCCGGAGCAGCAACAGGAGCAGCAGCAGCAGGACAAGUCAGCAGAGGAGAAGUGCAGUCGGCCGCCAAUGAAGCACUCGGACACAAAGGACAGCAUCUCGUCGGUGGAGAGCGAUGGAGGUGCAGACAACCAGGCGCAUCUCGCCGACCUGUCUGACACCGCCUCCGAGUCGGACGGCAAGGAGGUGCCGCCUCCGGCUCCUUCACCUGUUGAGACCGUCGUCAGUGCCGCCCCCGCACCGCCCAAAAGCACCGCCUCCAAGGAUGACGAUGACGACGAAGAGGAUGAAGCUCCGUUCGUGCCACCUGAUGACGAAUUAGUGGAAAAGAUAAUUGCUCAGGUCGAGUUCUAUUUCUCCGACGUCAAUAUCACCAAAGACGCCUUCUUAUUGAAACAUGUGAAACGCAACAAAGAGGGCUACGUCUCCCUCAAGCUUAUAUCGAGUUUUAAACGUGUGAAGCACAUCGCUAAAGAUUGGAGAGCCGUUGCCUAUGCUCUGAGAAAAUCGAAGAAGUUGCAAGUGAACGAAGCCGGGACCAAGUUACGACGAGUGGACCCGCUUCCCGCCUACGACCAGACGGCUCCGUCACGCACUGUGGUCGCCAUCGCUCUGCCGCUCGAGAAGCCCACAGUCGAGAAUGUCGCCGAAAUGUUCCGUGAGUGCGGAGAAAUUGCGUUGGUACGCAUCCUCAGACCCGGAAAUCCGAUCCCGGCUGAUGUGCGCCACUUUGUGAACAAACACCCCGAAAUGAACGGCACCAUCAGCGCCCUCGUCGAGUUCGUUCGCACCGAAUCUGCACACAACGCCAUCAACCGGUGUGACUACGACCGGGGCAUGAGGGUGCUGGAGCUCAAUGCGCCACCCAGCAAGAAGAAGUCGGUGAGUUCGAAAAAGAGUCCUGUUUCGAGGUUGGUGGAGCCAGAGUAUUCGUCAUCGUGUCCCAGUGGCUCAGAGGUCGACGACCACCGCUUCCGAAUGGGGAGAAGGUGUUCCUCACCGCAUUUGGUGCGUGAUCACUGGACCCAGCGACGCUGGUCUCGCGAUUCGGGAUCCGAGUCGACAGGAUCUAGUUACUCGAGGUCUCGCUCGAACAGUGGUGUGUACUACAUGACCGAGCACGGCGUCAGGAGGAUGUCGACCGGCUGGGAUUCCGGAUCAGAUGGAUACAUGUCCAACAGGUCACGCUCCAACAGUACAGUGUCACGGGAGUGCUGCUGUUGUGGAGGACGACGUGGUUCCUUCGGCAAGGACUCCGGAUCGGAAGGAUACGGAUCGGCCAGAUCGAGGUGCGACAGCGGAGCAUCCGACGUGCGUCGUAAGGAUUCAGGAGAGCUGUUCUGUCCGGCGCCGCGACGCUUUUCGCUGUCCAAGGACGCGGAGCCUUUCCGGCCUCGGUCGGGUAGCAACAGUGAGCCGAUGCGGCGUAUUUCCGGCUCUUACGAGCCCGGCCUGAUGAGACAGCGCUCCAGUGGAGGCAUCGUUGUGCCCGAGAACAUCCUUCGCAUGCCGCGUGGCCCGGACGGAGGCCGUGGAUUCAUCGUGCCCGCUCCAGCCUGCCACACCCUCGUUGAGUGACCUUCACCAAGUGCCUCCGAGUGACCUCUUCCAAGUGCGUCGAUUAUUCAUUGAGCACCAAGUGACCUCUUCUCAGUGCGUCUAUUACAUUGAGUGUGUAUGUGUGUGUGCACAAACUGUGAUUUCGAUACAUACGGUGAGUCAACCAGAAAUUAAUUUAUUAUAAUAUGUGUAAGGAUAUUUAUUGCAACAGCGGAUAGGAAUUUAGUAGAAGACUGAAAGGAUAGAUCGCAUGUCGGAAAGUACAAGUAUCACCUUUUUCACAAGUCCAACCCUGCAUUUCUGAAAGUUCUGUGUAGUAUCUAUCCAAAAUGUGAGAUAUUGCAGUUUCAUUUUGCAAUUCCUCUGUAAACAAUCUGUAUUUACAUAACUAAAAAUAAUUUCACUGUCAGCUAUCUUUCGAAUUUGAUAUCUUUAUACAUGUAAUUGAUUAAGAGAGCUAAAACAUUGAAGAAUAGGAUAAUAUUGGGAAAUCUUUUUUCUUCAUUUCAUUCUCUCAUGUGGCUGGAAGUUGUUAAUGAAAAUUACAAUUAUUUUAACUUAUAAAACAUGCACAUGGUAUUGAUAGAGUAAAUAGGUUUAAGAGUGAAUGAAAUUUGAAAAACAGUAUUAGCAAAGUUCCAAAAAUCCACAUUGAAGAGGAAAAGAUAGUAGAUUUCUGUGCAUUUCUCAUAAUGAGAGAAUACCAUUAUAUCAUUAUAAUACAAAAUUAUAAUUCGCUCAAUUUGUAGAAGACUUCGUCUUCUUUUUUCAUCUAAUAACUUCAAUAUUUGAGUUCUUAGAGAAAACUUUUUCUAUACUGACAGUUUAUAGCUGACAGUGAAAAUCCCACCCUUAAUUAAUUGAUAUGAAAUGAAUUUUGUAAAUGAAAAUUUCCCCGACUUUAAAAAACCAUUGGAGAGAUACGCAAGUAUAAAUUAUUCUACUCAUAAUAUUCAUCUUUUCAAUUCCUGAACUUCUGCAUAAAUUUACUCUUAUCUCAUUUCUAAGAGAUCAGAUCAGUUGAAAUUAAUUCCAAACCACCAAUAUUGUUCUCCGUCAACCAUUUUAUAUCAAUUUUUUAAUGUUUGAUACUAUGCUAGUGAAUUGAACUGUGAUUGUCACCUUAAGGAUUUAUGUAUAUCGUGUAAAUUUAGUGUAAGAUAGGUGAUGCAAUAAUUAAUUUAUGAUAAUAAUUUAUAUAGAGAGAGGUGCACUAUGUUGAAAAUUGCAAUGCAAAUAUCAUCUGAAUGAAGGUGAUAGGAAAUGAAAGUAUGUUUCAAUGUAAAUUAUAAAUGUUACCGUUGAUGUUAGGAUGCAUCAAUUACUAUUUUUGUAAAAAUCCUCACUUGAGUAGUUUUUAAGUUGUUAUUUAAAUAUUAGUGUUAAUUAAUUUAUUUUGUUGAACUAUUUUUAGUUUGAUUCCAAGAAAUAUAUGUGUGCUCAUUGAUUAAGCACUAUAUUUAACUAAGUAGGCGUAACUAUUAUUUAUUCAUUCUCUUUCACAAUGUUGUUAAUUUAUUCAUACAAAUGACGAAUUUUUUGUUGAAUUGUUUACCCAGUUGUAUUCUUCCAUUAAUACGCCAUAAUAUUAGUUUAUUGAAUGUAUUUACGCAUUUGAUUCGUGUAUUAAAGGCAUAUUUUAUGUAUA